UUGACCAUUGACGACGUCUCGUGCAACACAGGGUCUCACACCAACGGCACUCCACGUUGAUGCUGCUCUCCUUCAUCGUCUAAGUUGGCUAUUCACAUUUCGUAGAGAUGAGCUCUGACGAAACACCAGUCCAGCGGCGGCCUUCCGGCGCCGGGGAUGAGGGCGACGAGAACCGGCUGGCACAGUUUGGAUACAAGCAGGAGCUGAAGCGGGAUUGGGGCCUUGCCCACAACUUUGGCGUCUCCUUCUCCAUCAUUAGCGUCAUCACAGGUAUCACCACUCUCUUUUCGUAUGGCCUGAACACGGGAGGCCCUGCUGGUAUGUGCUUCUACAGGUACAUGUACCGGUGUGCCUCUCUCUGGACAUGUUGAGCCUGGAAGACUAUCAUCACUGACUGAGGAGGGGCUGGGCUGUCUCAAGUCAUGUCCGUCGGCUGGAUCCUGGUGUCCUUUUUCACCCUGCUGGUCGCCGUGUCCAUGGCUGAGAUUGUGUCGGCCAUUCCGACCAGCGGUGGGCCCUACUUCUGGGCAGCCAUGCUCGCGCCGCCGCGUUGGUCCCCCUUUGCCGCCUGGCUCACGGGGUGGUACAACCUUCUCGGACAAGUGGCCGUAACAACGGGUAUCUCCUUCGGCCUCGCCGGCCUGAUUCCCACGGCGGUCACGGUCAAGAACCCGGACUUCACGCCGACGCCUCGCGUCACCAUCGGCAUCUACGCGGCCGUGCUGCUCUCGCACGCGCUCAUCAACACGCUGGGUGUGCGGGCCCUCAAGUACCUCAACAACGUCUCCAUCGUGCUGCACAGCGCGGGCAUCACGGCGCUGUGCAUCGCCGUCCUGGCCAAGGCGCCCGCCCACCAGUCGGCCUCGUUCGUCUUUGGCCGCUUCCACGACGGCACCGCCGCCGUCGAGGGCGCCGAGGGCGCCGAGGGCUGGAGCGUCCGCGCCAGCUCCGUCUACGUCGCCGUCUGCGGCGCCCUGCUCUCGCAGUACACCCUCACCGGGUUCGACGCCUCGGCCCACCUGAGCGAGGAGACGAAGAAGGCGAGCUGGAGCGCCCCCAUCGGCGUCAUCUCGAGCGUCGGCUUUAGCGCCCUCUUUGGCUUCUUCGUGCUGAUGGCCCUGCUGUUUUCGAUCCAGGACUUUGCCGCCGUCUUGGACAGUCGCUAUGGGCAGCCGGUGCUGCAGAUCUUUGUCGAUGUCGCCGGCGAGGACGGCGCCCUGGCUCUGUUUACCCUCAUCAUGGUCUGCGUCUGGCACUGCGGGCUUUUCAGCAUGACCAGCAACAGCAGGAUGAUGUUUGCUUUUGCACGGGAUGGCGGAAUUCACCCCUUCUUCAGCAAGGUUGACGACCGCUUCCGCUCCCCGACCCGGGCCGUCUGGCUCGCUGCCACACUCUCCUUUAUCCUCGCACUGCCUUCGCUGGGGUCGGAGGUCGCCUUCUCGGCGGCAACUUCGAUCGCCACCAUCGGCCUGUACAUCAGCUACGGACUGCCCGUCCUCAUCGGCCUGAUCUGCCACAAGUCCUUCGUGGCGAUGAAGGGCCCCUUCAACCUCGGCGUGCUGUCCCGGCCCGUCGCGGCUGCCACCUGUCUCUGGAUCGGCUUCAUCACGGUCGUCUUCUGUCUGCCAACGGCCAACCCGGUCACUAGCCAGACGUUCAACUACACGGCUGUGGCCGUCGGCAUCGUCGGCGCCUUUGCCGUGGGGCUCUGGGUCUUCUGGGCCCAUCGCUGGUUCACCGGGCCUUCGGCCGAGGUGUCGGAGGCCCUGAGGUUAGGAGUCGACAUCACGGAGCCUGGUGCGCUCGAGGCGCGGGCAAAGGAGGAUGCCUAAUAGGUACAUCCGUAAUUACCUUGGGAAGCGCUAAUUAGCCGCUGGGUACGUAAGGUCAGGUUCUAAUUCUGUCCGACGUGGCUGUGUGUAAUUACCUACUUCAUCACGUAAUUAGAUAAUUACCAGCCGCAGCAGCACAAACAAAA